AUGAAGUCCAGUGGCUUCUUCUUCCCAUUUGUGGUGCUUCUUGCCUUGGGAACCCUGACCCCUUGGGAUGUGGAAGGUUCUGGAAAUGCUUUGAAAGCUGGAGCUUGCCCUCCUAGAAAACAUGCCCAGUGCCUUAGAUAUGAGGAACCCGAGUGCCACAGUGACUGGACGUGUCCAGGAAAGCAGAGAUGUUGCCCUGAUAGUUGCGGCAUCAAAUGCCUGGAUCCCGUUUACAUCCCAAACCAAGGUGAGCAGAAGCCUGGGAAGUGUCCGGUUGUUUAUGGCCAAUGUAUGAUGCUUAACCCUCCCAAUUUCUGUGAGAUGGAUGGCGAAUGCAAGGGUAACUUCAAGUGCUGCAGAGGCAUGUGUGGGAAAGUCUGCGUUUCUCCUGUGGAAGACUGAUUGCGGCCAUUUGGAAAAGGCUCCG